CAAGGUGUGCAUAGAGAGAGAAAAAAGAUUGUUUGUUGCUGUGUUGUGUGCAUAGAGGGAGAGAGAGAGUGUGGAGGCUGCUAUGGGGAACAGAGCUAUGUUAACGCUGCUACUCUUCUUCUUCUCGACCAAAUUGUUUCCUUCCGCUCUGGCUAUCUGGCUGUCGUUACCCACCACUGGCACCAAGUGCGUCUCUGAAGAAAUCCAACACAACAUUGUCGUUUUGGCCGAUUACGUCGUUAUCCCCGGUGAUCACACCCACAACCCCACCAUCGCCGUCAAGGUGACAUCACCAUAUGGAAACAAUCUUCAUCACAAGGAGAACACAACACAUGGUAAUAUUGCAUUUACGACUCAAGAGGCUGGGAACUACCUUGCAUGCUUCUGGGUGGAUAGCCAUAGUCAAGGAGUUGUUGAGGUUAAUGUAAACCUUGAUUGGAAAAUUGGAAUUGCAGCCAAGGAUUGGGAUUCAGUUGCUAGAAAAGAGAAGAUUGAGGGAGUCGAGCUUGAGCUGAGAAAGCUAGAAGGAGCAGUAGAGGCCAUCCAUGAGAACUUGCUCUAUCUUAAGGGAAGGGAAGCUGAUAUGAGGACUGUGAGUGAAAAAACAAAUGGCAGAGUGGCAUGGUUUAGCAUUAUGUCCUUGGCUAUGUGCAUUGCAGUUUCUGGUUUGCAAUUGUGGUAUUUGAAGCGGUACUUCCAGAAGAAGAAGCUUAUAUAGAUUAGUUAAUUUAAUUUUAUUUGUGAUACAGCAAACAUAUAAUAACUUAAAAGAAUUUUUAUGAACACUAUUUACAAGUGUAGACAGAAAUUUUUGAUACCACAAGUAGAGUUUCCAACAUUUCUUUUCCACGGAUGAUUACUACAAUGAAUUGUCUUGUAUGAUUGGGGGAUAUGAAAAUCUGCAGAUAAGAGGGAAAGAAUUUUAGUGAAUGAUACUUGAGUAAAAGUGGGUCUUCAUACCUGCUUGUUCUUGUUAUAGCUACCAUCUUUGCGUUUGGAACUACAGGGUAGGACAAAAAUUAAGUUCAUCAAGGAGUAUUGUUUUUGUGUGUUCAA